CAACGGGUAACAUCCGGUCCGUCUGUUUAAAGCACUCGCCCCCCUCCCCGGUACCCGGGCAUUGAUGAGCCAAGUGGGUUGCAGGUAGUUGUGGACAUGAAGAACAAUUGCAUGCAUGAAGCAUGUCUGUACCUGGAACUGUCCAACCACACAGAGGACACAGUCUUUCCUCUCCAUACAUCCAUUGUUUUAUUUUUAAUGUCCUACUGUGAAUCCACAUCAAUUAAAGUGUUCCUGGUGCCUAACGAAGACAGUGCUAGCAAUCUCUUGUGGAUGAAAGGAGCACCAACCAACAUUCCUAUCAAUAUCCUUUCCCAGCAGGAACUGCCUCCUGUGGUUAAGAGUUGUCGUCUGCCUGCUCUGGUGGAAAAGGAUGGGAAUUUUUGUCGAGCUGGUCUUGCUGUGGUACUGAGACAUAUUGUAUGGAGAACCUGUGAAACAGACUGCAACAGGAAAGAUGUUUCAGAACUGCUUGGCUUCAAAAAGACCUGUUUGAAGGCCUGUGCUGAGGUGAGCCAGUGGACCAGACUGUGUGAAAUUAGCAUUCCGCUGGCUGUGGAAGGCUUCAUGAAAAAUUUAAGUGACCAGAGUGUAACUAUUCCACCUGAGAUACUACACCUUGAGCACAAACUGAGGGAACCAGUGCGAGUUCAUAAUGAUGACAAGAUUCGUCGGCGGAAAUUGCAGCUAUUAUCCAAGGAAAGUAAUGAGGUGUCCGUUGAAAAUGGAUUGAAAAGAUCACUGGAAUCUUACACUGAUGGAAGGGAUGACACAUCACAAGAAAGAAAGAAGGAAAAUAAGGAUACUGAGGUGUGCAGCCUGGAACUGAAGACAGCUCUUUCUAAAUUAACUUUGGAACAGGUACCAGCUGUGACCAACAGGGAGCAGAGCAGCAUUAGGAAAGUGAAGACAACUGACCUUCCGCCGUUGGAACAUGUCUUUGCUGAGGGGAUUUAUUUCACUCUCACAGAUGUGGUCUUGCUGCCUUGUCUUCACCACUUUUUUGUUUCUCUUGGGGAUUGUCGAGACAAGACGCUGAAAACUUUGCCCUUUCUGGCCCGCUGGUACCAAAGUGUUCAGGAAGUUUCUGGAGUGAAGAAGGCGGCUGUAAGCUGUGGCAUUCAUCUUCUCAACCUCUCUGCUCCUUUGCCUUCCUCAAGUGCGGCAGUUUCGAGUUCCUGUAAACCUAAGAACGACAAGGAUGAAACCACAGACAUCUACUUCCGAGGUGGCCCAAGGCCCACCAUGAAUAAGCUAGAAGAGAAUGGAAUUUCUGCAAAUUUCACAUCACAUCCAUAUCCAUCGUGGAGCCUGGACUGGGGAAACCUUCCAGUAGCUGUAAACCCCAUAGAAGGAAGGCUCCCAUCUGAGCGCGCCCUACGGAAGCAGCAACAGUUGGACAACAUCACCUCCAUUGUGACCAAAUUAGCCAAACCUGGUGAUACUGUUGUGGAUUUUUGCAGUGGUGGGGGACAUGUUGGGAUUGUUCUUGCUCACACUUUACCAUUAUGCCAGGUGAUCUUAGUGGAAAACAAAGGAGAAUCCCUAAUACGUGCCAAGGACAGGUGCGAUGACCUUAAAUUAAACAACAUCUGGUUCAUUCAAGCUAAUCUGGAUUAUUUCACAGGACCGUUUGAGAUUGGUGUUGCACUUCAUGCAUGUGGAGUGGCAACGGACAUGGUGAUUGAUCAUUGCAUGAAGGCACAAGCAGCCUUUGUUAUCUCUCCAUGCUGUUAUGGCUUCAUACAGAACACAGUCAAGUUUUCUUUCCCCAGAAGCCAAAAGUUCCGCAACAUAUUGUCAUAUAAGGAACACAUGAUUCUGUGCAGGUUUGCAGAUCAGACAGCUGUUCACCUCCCUCCGGAACGCAAGAUAAUAGGGAAGAAGUGCAUGGGCCUAGUAGAUCUGGAUCGAGCCUGCUCAGCGGAGGAGUGUGGUUACAUGGCUUAUGUAUCAUCAAUGGUGCCAGACAGUUGUUCACCGAAAAAUAAUCUGAUCGUGGGGUGUUUUCAGGUCGUUGACUCAAUUUAAGUGCAUAAUGUCACAAACUCGGUGAUCAUAGCUCUAAGACAAGUGUAACUUUGUUACACUGUGACCUGCUUGUCAUAGGACAGCUUCUCUCAAUUAUCUUGCUCAGAAGCAUGCUGAGGCUUUGUGUAAUCAAUAUCCUGCGCAGCAUUCCUAAUUCUGUGCUUUCUUACGCCCAAUGACUUCUGUUUAAUUGAAUGAGGUCCUCACACUUGUCUUGAAUGGCAUACAGGGAAAGUUAACUUGCCAGCAAAUACUGCAAACCUCCUGCAGUUAUGUAGUUUAACCAGUUUUAGCUAAUGGUAUCUAUGCAUGUUCAUCAGAUACUUGUAAAUCCACUUUGUUUAAUUAUGUUCUACAAAACAUGAAAGUCGCUGAAAUAGCAUGUAUACUUGAUCUGGACCGAGAAAGGAACAAUUAAAUAUUUUUACCCCUUUACUUCAUGUCACAAAGCAAAUUCACUCUGUUCAGAUGUGUUUCAAAUGUAACCAGAAAUUAUGACCUCUUGUACCAUGGGAAAUUGCCUUGUACAAAAUUACUGCUGGUGCAUUGUUGUGGUUUCUUCAAGCUUCUAUUUUCUUGAUAAACUCCAUCUUUGCCUGCGCAUAGGUUAAAUAAAAUAUUAUUGACUUACCUCAAGAUUUCAUCUUCUGCAAUGAACACAAUAUAUUGCAAAAGUAGAAGUAUCCAGAUGACUCAAAAAUAUUACAGGUCUUACAUUUGCAGAUGAGGCAGGGAAUUCAUUCAUUUAAAGCAAAAAAAAACUAAUAUCACAAACCUCUACUCUUCUGAUGUUUUUCAACCAUUCAUCCCCUGUAAUAUCUGCAAGACCUCUCUUCAUUUUGUUCUUUCCUCAGACACAGGAGUUGCAGGUGAGGUUUUCAAGACGUGCCUCGUAUGUUUAAGCAAUAACUAUGUUGCCCAUAUGGUUGUGAAGAUGGGUUGUCUUGUGGCUCAAAACUGUAUGUAAAGUUUAAUCUUUUCUGUGUAUUUCAGUAAUCGUCUUGGUUUAUUAUGGGUUUUCCAGUAAUCUGGGAUAACAUUUUAGCCCGUCUCUUCUAUAGUUCUUUUCAUAUGACAGUGUAAAGAUUUUUUAUGCCAAAAUCAUUUUCAUGGAAGCAAUUAUUUUAAUUGAUAUAUUUUUUAGAACAAAGAAGCAGAUGUAACAAUGUUGGUCAAAAGAAGUUAAUAUAUGAUUCAGUGUUCAAUGAUAUGCUUGUAA